AUGGAUUGUAACACCGAAUCCAGAACCACCGAGCCUCAAACCUCGGAACCUUGGUUCCAAGCCAUGGAUCCUAUCGACAUUCUAGAAGUGUGCAAGAACGACCUUGAGACAUGGUCGAUCGAAAAGAAGAAAGAGCAGUAUCUGAAAGUCCACUACGAUAACACCCCAUUCCCCGUGUCAUAUACUAUCUCUUCCUCGCCAGAAAAGCGCAUCCGAGAUUCGAUAUGUAUUUACAAGGAGCGUUUGGCAAAAGGUCAUCACCACGUUCAUCGGGUGCCCAAGAUGUUGUCAAAGCUCACCAGAUUCAACUCGACAAGUUUCGGUGGCACUGCGCCCUCGAUAAAACAACUUUCUCAUGAAUUGAAGACCUACAGACAGAAAUUGGAUGACAAGCACACUGAGCUGACGUGCGAAAAGCUCUUGAACCUGGAAGAGGAGUUGAGCGCCACGGUUGACGUUGUCCAACAAAAGUUGAGAGCCCAGGCAAGCAUCACAAGCGNNAAGAAGCUACAAGUCCAUCCAGCAAAAACAGCCUUAUCUCACGGGCAAGCGAUCUCUCCAAAAAAGGCCGCGAAAAAGGUCUCACAAAGCUUUCGCGACUCUAUGCUCUGCACCGCAUCAGAACACAACAACGACCUUCGACCCAAAGUCAUCUCAAGAGCAAGCUGGACUUCCACCACAUCAAAACUAGCCGACAAAGUCCGCACCCUCGUCGACAAACAACACUCGCCCAAAAGCUCGAUCGAGUCUACCACUGCAGACCAGGAAAUCACACCAGAAUCUUCAGUGAUCUUCAACCCGGUCAUCUGGAAAUUGUCUCCAGGUCGCAAAACCGCAUCUCUGAGAGGUAUCUUCAAAUCGUCAUCCAUCUCAUCUCUCAAACCCGCUCUCAAGAGAAGAUCAACCACAUCACCACCGCGUUCGCCAACCUCAAGAACAAGAUAUUCAGUCGGGUAUACUCAAGACGAACCAUUCGAACGGCGCGAAUGGGUGCCCGGCGGAAACACCUCGCCUCGGCACAGUAUGAUCCGCGAUGGCCCUGCAAACUGCCAANAAACUGAGAAAGGGUAUGCAGAGUACCACAGCGAGCAUUCUGGUUGGAACAUCAGAAGAACAUCUACUGAAUCCACAAGCUCCGGAGACGAAAGACCUUUAGGAUGGGACCUUCGAAAUCGAAAGGUGUCUGCUGCAACUUCAACUUCGAAGUACAGUAGAUUCAUAUCUGGGUAA